GGAGGAGGUAGAAGGAUGAUCGUCGGCGACUCCGUGGCCACUGUGGCUCAAGAGCCCCGCGCACCUGCGGCCAGCCCGCGCGGCACCGGUCCCGACGCCCAGCCUGGAGGCGAGGCAGGAAUGCCGAAGGCCGACGCGAGGAAGAACCGGGUGCCGAAGUCCGCCGCGGACAGGCAUGUGGCUCCCAGGGUCGGCGAGGAGGUGGACUACUUCAGCAGGACGUACAAGUGCUGGUCGCCCACUCACAUCACGCACGUGGACAUGGAGAGGGGCGAGAUCACCCUGCACGCGAGGAGCUCGCCCCUGAAGAGGGAGGAGUUUGAGAAGAGGGUCCGGGCGAGGUUGACGCCCGGGAAGGUCCAGCUGGAGUGGAUCCGCAGCACCAUGGAGGGCAAGGUGGAGAAGGAGGCGCACCAGCUCUUCGAGAGCUUCUCGGACCUCGUGGUGGAGUUCGACGACCAGCACGGCGAGGUGACCUGCCUGGACGCGCUGUCGCUGGCAGCGAUGCUCGACGUGGGCAGGGCCCUGGACGACCGCCUCGGCGCCUCCGGCAACGCCUACGAGCUGAAGCGGAGGGCGACGCAGGAGAUGCGGCGGCGCGGCGUGGAGCUCCCGGCCGGCUGGCAGGAGAAGCGGUCCUCCAAGGGGUCCGUGUACUACUGCAGGACCGAUGGCACCGACUCUCAGUUGGACUGGCCGUCGCCGGACCUGGCACUGCCGCAGGGCAUCUUCAACGAGGUCUUCUGGGAGGCGCUGCAGAGCGUCUACCAGCGGUACUCGGAGGCGCUGUCGCCGCCCAAGCCGUCCGAGAUAGGCGCGGACGACUACGAGCUCGGGAAGCAGCUCGGCGAGGGAACUUUUGGGCGGGUCUACCUGGCGCGCCACAAGGAGACCGGCCUGCAGCGGGCGAUCAAGACGAUCGACCGGAGCGGCGUCCAGGACGACGCGAGCAAGGAGAUAGAGCGCAUGAGCCAGAUGGAUCACCCCAACAUCGUGCGGCUCUAUGGGCACUGGAAGGACGACGACGCGUGGCACCUGGUCAUGGACUUCUGCGCGGGGGGCGACCUCUCGCGCAUGGUCUCCGCGCACCGGAGGGAGAUGGAGCCCAUCCACGGAGAGCACGUGAAGGACAUCAUGCGGCAGAUCCUCCGGGCGGUGACCCACAUGCACGGCCACGGCAUCAUGCACCUCGACCUGAAGCCCGGCAACGUCGUCCUCAUGCCGGACAGGGGCACGCUCCCGCCCGCCGGCGGCCCGGACAGGGCGAAGCACUGGUCGCAGCCGCUGCUCACGGAGGCCGCCAGGCCCCCGCACGUCAUGCUCAUCGACUUCGGGCUCUCGCGGCUCUUCGGGCCCUGGUCCCGCUACGGCCCGCGGGCCGGCACGGUGCUGACGAUGGCCCCCGAGGUCUGGGAGGGCAUCGUGACGCCGCCGGCGGACGUGUUCAGCUGCGGCUGCAUCCUCUACAACCUGAUGUCGUUCAAGUAUCCCUACAACGUGAGCGGCGACACGACCACCGCCGCGCUCGACUUCUGGGCCAGGCCGCCGCAGCCUCAGCCGCUCCCCGACAGGAUGCCGCACGGCGAGCUCGGCCAGCAGCUCUGCAGGUCCAUGCUGGCCGUGUGCCGGCAAGACCGCCCCGCCGCCUCCCAGUGCCUCGAGCACGGCUACCUGAGCCAGCCGCAGGACGACCUCAGCGAUGGCGAUGGCGGCCGCAGCCCGGGGGCCGACGGCGGCGUCGUGAUCGACCCGAAAGUGGCCUCGAGGAUGAAGAAGGUGGCCAGCAAGGACCCGCUGUACAGAAGCCUCGCCCUGCGCUUUGCAAGCGAGUGGUCUGCGAACCGGCUGGGCUCCAUCAAGAGUGCGUUCGAGAAGUUCGACAAGAACAACUCUGGCCGACUGGCCGUCUCGCAGGUGGAGAAAGUCCUGCUACAGCUCAAGUUCGACCCUGUUGAUGCUAAGAGGUCAGCGGCUGCCAUGGACUAUAAGAAAAAUGGUGUCGUGGAGUGGACGGAGUUUGUUGCCAGCUGCCUUCACUUAGGCAGUUGCAGCAUGGAUCAGGAUCUGGAGCGGAUGUUCAAGAGGGCCGACAAAGAUGGCGACGGCAGACUGGGCAAGAGGGACCUGGAGCAGAUGUUCGCCUCCGACUACCUGCGGGAGCAGCCCGUGGAAGGGGGCGUCGCGGAGAAGCUGCUGAACGGCAGGGACGGGGUGACCUUCCCCGAGUUCCGCAAGCACUUCAUCACCGCCAACCUGGACGGCGACCCCGACGACGCGGGCUCGGACGCCCGGGGGCCCCGGGAGCCCGUCGCCGCGGGGCGGAGGCGCUCGGGGGUGCGCACGCGGCGGAAGUCGUGCGAGGGCGCGUGCGGCCCUUGAGGCCGUGGGGGUCCUGGCUGCUGCGGGGCGGAGGGGGGGGGCAGAGGAGGGUUUGUCCACCGCCGAGAGGAGGUAGCGCAGGGUGGCAUGGCUACGCAGAGCUCCGUCAGUGUGGUGCCGUAGCUGCAUCUCAUGGAUGGCUGCGCGGCGCUCGCCAGCAUGAUCGCCCCUUUUUUAGUGGACCUCAGCGGAACCCACUGUGGCUCGCUGACUCGUGAAUCGCGCUCCUCUCUCUGCCGAUUGCAAAGCAGAGGGGAUGCCUGCGACAGGCCGUUACAUACCCAGAGUCUCUCUUGCUCUGGGUGGUUUGCUCCCACUCCUCCCUCUGCUUCGCCCUCCCCCUCUUCCCCUCCUCUGCCUCUUCUGCUUCCGGGGCGAGCCCGCGGGACGCCUGCGCCGAGCAGCGCAGCUCCUUCUUUCCCGCCCGCGGCCCCGCGACAGCCGUGCCAGCAGGAUCGUUCAUUCACAUCGUUUGCGUCUGGGUGGGGCGGGGG